UAACUCCGAGCCCCAUGAGGCGCCGACCUCAUCUGCAUAGCUCCCCUUUUCUUGCUCUAUAAAAUUGAACAGUGAUUUCUGAACCUGGGCCGCCAUUUCCCGAUCUGGGUUUUUGUUUAUUUUCGUUUUUGAGAAAUGGGGGGUUGGGGUUCGGUUGGCAAUGGGCGAGCUCUGCGCUGAAACUUGGUUUUUGUUGUUCAAAGUGAUGCUAUUGAGCAGCAGAUAUUCCUAACUUCGUUCGCAUCUGGUAUAUAAAUGGAUGAUUAUUUUAUCCGUCUUCUUAGAUUGGCGUCGUGCAUAAGCCACCGACUUGUUAGCUUUAUUGAGGAUCUCUUUUUUGGUCAUGAUGGAAGAUUCUCACAUGAUCCAGAGGUUUCAGUCUCUGGAUCUCAUGGAAGAUCCUUCAGCGCCGUAGCUCAAUCUUCUCAAAAUGAUUGUUCGACAGCUUCUGAAAAUGUAGACACCAAGCUAUGUCUUGUCAAGCGUGGAAGGAAAUUGACAGCCCGAAAUGAGUAUCUGUCUGAAAAUGGAAGUUUUGGAGCACGUGCUGUAAGAAGAACUAGGUCUUGCAUUCAUCAGUGGUUGAUGCUUCCUGUGUGUGGCCUUAGACUGGGAUGUCGAUUAACGUCAGGUUUCUGGAGAUAUUCCUGCUCAUAUAUCAGAAGCAUCAAAGUACAAUUGUCUGGGUUCUUAUGCCGUGUAAAGAGAACUUUGCGGGGAUCUUCUGAGGAUAUUGGAUGGUUGGAACGGACUGAAGGAUUACCUCCUGUGAAGGAUGGAACUAUCCGAUUCAUGGAGUUGCUUAGCGACAUAAGAAAUGGCCAACAUUGUCUUCCCAACACUCUGGUUUAUUUAUUAAUUCCUGGGCUCUUCAGCAAUCACAGUCCAUUAUAUUUUGUGAAUACCAAGAGAUUUUUCCUUAAGAUGGGUCUAACUAGUCAUAUUGCUAAGAUUCACAGUGAGGCAUCAGUGGAGAAAAAUGCGUGGGAAUUGAAGCAAUACAUUGAGGAGCUGUACUGGGGAUCUGGGAAAAAGGUACUGCUUCUUGGGCAUAGCAAAGGUGGGGUUGAUGCUGCUGCUGCACUUUCUAUGUAUUGGCCGGAUUUGAAAGACAAGGUUGCUGGUCUAGCACUUGUCCAGAGCCCAUAUGGGGGUACUCCAAUUGCUUCUGAUAUUCUACGCGAAGGUCAGAUUGCUGACAAGGAGGCUCGCAAGAUUAUGGAAUUCAUUAUAUGCAAAAUCAUUAAGGGUGAUAUGAGGGCGCUCGACGAUCUCACCUAUGAGAAACGUAAGGACUUCAUCUCCAAGCACAAAUUCCCCUCAAACCAAAUCCCAAUAAUCUCCUUCCACACCGAAGCAAGCAUCGCCCCUGGUGUCCUCGCCACGAUGUCUCUCAUCGCUCACGCCGAGCUCCCGUGGUUCCCAAUCCCUGGUUUCCUCACAAAAUACAAUGAUCUCGACUCAUGCCAAGUGGGACCUGCCAAGGUCCCCGUCGUUAUCCCCAUUGCCGCUGCAAUGGCAGUGAGCGCUCUGCACUUGAAGAUGCGUUACGGUGUGAGCAGUGAUGGUUUGGUGACGCGUCGGGAUGCGGAGGUCCCGGGGUCGGUGGUCGUGAGGCCGUCUCGGAAAUCGGAUCAUGCGUGGAUGGUGUAUUCAUCGACGAAGAAGGAUGACGUGGAGGUGAGAAACAUGGAGGAAUAUGAGUACAUUAACACCGAACUUGGCCUUGCAACUCAAGGGAACUUCAUUUACAACAAAAACUCCAAAUUUCCAACUUCAACGAAACUCGAAGAGGAGGAGGAGGAGGAGGAGGAGGAGGAGAGACCAAGGAAGAAACUUCGGUUAUCAAAAGACCAAUAUGCCUGUCUUGAAGAUAUCUACAGAGCUACAACAUUCUCACAUCAGACGAAGAUUAAUCAGAUGAAGAUGGAGUGUGACUAUUUGAAGGAGGUAUGUGACAGCUUAAGCAAUGAGAACCAGAGGCUGCAGAGACAGUUGUUCGAGCUAAGGAGAUGGGUGAAGCCCGAGCCAACUCCCCAAGCGAACUAA